AUGUUGGUUACCGUGCCGGUAUUAGCCGCGUUGGUAUCACUCACCUCAGCUAAAGAGGUUUCAGGGGUUUUUACUUCACUUGACCUGGUGAAGUUUGAGCCGGGAGCCAACUACCUCUACGAUACCCCCAACUCGGCCCUGUGGAAAGCCACCGUUUCUUGGAAAAUUGAGGGUUCCAAGUACUCUGCUGGAGACACAUUCACGUUGAACAUGCCCGGGGUGAAACGGUUUAUCAUGGAUGAAACCGAAGUUGACUUGAAGGUGGGUAGCCUGACUUACGCCAAAUGUAAACCGUUCAAUGGUCUCAACAUUGUCGCUUUCUCUCAGCUUCAAUGCACAAUGACUGACACUGUGACUCUGCUGACGGUCGCGUACGGUCAGGCAUCGUUUCCAGUCGCGUUUUGCAAUGGCGGGUCCAGCGGCAAUGUCGACUUGGAGUGCGCAAAAUUGUGGCACAAAGGAUCUAACACAAUCACUUUCGAAGAUGGGAAACCGUUGACCACUACCGCCAAUUUUGAGGCAGCUCCUUAUGACUCUCGUCUUGUUUACAGUCGGUCCACUCUGGUAGAUCAACCUCAAGCGGCCAAUUUCUUGCGUGGUGGCGUUUGUGAACAAGGUUACCGUCUGGGCACAAUUGGCAUGAUUGUCAACAACAUUGAUUGUAGCAAUGUCGACUUUGGCUUUUCGAAUGACUUGAAUGACUGGUCCUACCCCAAACUGGAAACGGAGCAAUUCCCUCAUCAAAUCUCGUGUCUGAGAACUCAAGUCACCGUGCUGUACCAGAAUGUACCGAAAGGUUAUGUUCCCUACAUUGUGGUGAAGACUAGCUAUGCUAACAGUGACCGUGUUCAAUACAUCAACCGUUACCAAUGCCAAAACUCCAUUUUCACUAACCGCAAUGAGCGCGUUGUUAACUGGACUCCUUACCAGGGUCUGAACCCUAACGGAAAUGGCAUGGCAGAGGUUGUGACUACCACUACUUGGACGGGAACGACGACCGACGUAACUACUCUUCCUUGGAAGCUGACGAAUGGUGCUACCAUCACGGUGUUGGUAAAAGUGCCCGAUACCACCUCUCCCAGCCCGUCACCAACACUCGAAAGUACCCCCGAGCCGUCGCCAUCUGUUGAGUCAGCCACGGAAUCAUCAGCAUCGUCUUUUAAAUCCUCAUUUAAGCCGACCCCAUCUUCUUCAUCGGAAGUUACAUCCUCCUCGUUACCCCCCAGUGAGUCGCCUAGCUCAUAUACCGAAUCUUCGUCCUCUUUGACUGAAGUUUCGAGUUCUGUGCUGGCUCUGUUGCUGAACUCGUGCUACUUACUCACAUCUACUACAACUUUCACACCCACUGUCACAGAAACCAUUCCAUCGUCGACUUCUGAGACCGAGACUUCCAGCUCGACUUCUGAGACCGAGACGUCGACCUCCGAGACUUCCAGCUCGACUUCUGAGACCGAGACGUCGACCUCCGAAACCUCCAGUUCGACCUCCGAGACUUCCAGUUCGAUCUCCGAGACCUCCAGUUCGAUCUCCGAGACCUCCAGUUCGAUCUCCGAGACCUCCAGUUCGAUCUCCGAGACCUCCAGUUCGAUCUCCGAGACCGAGACGUCGACCUCUGAGACCGAGACGUCGACCUCUGAGACCGAGACGUCGACCUCUGAGACCGAGACGUCGACCUCUGAGACCAAGACUUCCAGCUCGAUUUCUGAGACCGAAACUUCCAGCUCGACUUCUGAGACCAAGACUUCCAGCUCGAUUUCUGAGACCGAAACUUCCAGCUCGACUUCUGAGACCGAGACGUCGACCUCUGAGACCGAGACUUCCAGUUCGACUUCUGAGACCUACAGUACUGAUUCAACCACUGCCUCUAACACUAAUAUUACCGGUUCGUGUGUCAUACUUACGGAAACGACGACCUACACUCCGUCGAUUACUCUCACGUUGACGACUUCAGCUUCAAGGGUACCUCCGGUUCCUCAACCUCCCAUUGAACCUCCUGAAUCUUCGAGUCACACCACCGAACAGUCUGCUGCCGAGCCGACCACUGGGCUGUCCUCUGAGUCUGAACAGUCUGCUGCCGAGCCGACCACUGAGCCGUCCUCUGAGUCUGAACAGUCUGCAGCCGAGCCAACCACUGAGCCGUCUUCUGAUUCUGAACAGUCUGCUGCCGAGCCGACCAUUGGGCCGUCUACCGAGCUGACCACGGAGCUGGUCUCAAAAUUCACUCCAGUAGAAUCCUCAGACUCCAACUGUACUGCGGUGACUUCAACUACAAAGGUCACCCCUACGUCGAUUAUCAUCUCGGCUUCAAACCGAUCGAAUCCUUCGGAAGCAAUCGAUGUCAAUGUCCCUUCUGACACAUCCGACAAUGAAGAGGCCUCAACUUUUGAAGAGGUAGUUUCUACCUCUAUUGAGACUGAAAUUGAACUCAACAAGGUGACCGAAACAGUGUGUGUUGAAUGCUUGAGUUCUGGAAACCUUGUUGGGGAAUUUUCUUCAACCUUGAUUGCAACAUCAAGCGAGACGCUCCUCUCUGUGGAACCAACUGCUGAGAACAUUGGGGACAAUGGUGAAACUCCUGCAACGGAUAACAAUAAGAAUCCAGUCGAAUCUGUGGUGACUGAAAAUGUCCAUGGUGGGAAUCCCAAGACUGAUAACUCAGAGGGUCAGAGUGAAACUUCUGCAUCGGCAGAGUUGGUAGGUCAAGGUGAAACGGCUUCGAAUGACAUUCCCAAGGCAGUUCAGACUAGUCCCACCGAGAACGAUGUUGAAACUACGACAAUCGAGUCUCACGAAUCAGCAUGGGCGACUGUUGUUUGCCAUGGUGAAGGUUGCAACGUGAAUGGCCAUUCCACAUACCCAGAGCACAUUCUGACCGCACCUCAGGGUCAACCCGAUCGUUCUUUACCCCACACCGAGGAACUUGAAAACCCCAAAAUAACCUUAUCAGCUUCUCCCUCCCAACUUUCUUCACACCCUGAGCCCACAAAGUUGGUUUCUCCUCAGCCCUUUGAAGGCGCUGCAGGAACGAUUAAGAUCUCACGUGUGGCUUGGGUCUUGGCAGGUGCGCUCAUAUUUGUUUGA